AUGGUGGACAAACAACAAGAGAUGUCAAGGCGUAGUUCCCGAUUGCGGCUAAGUGGAUAUUAUGUCCCUGAAGACAAUGCUGUAAACACCAGUUUUGAUGGACGUGUUCGGCGCAUCUCAUACAGAGAGAGCCCUGUGAGGGUCUUCAAAAAGAGAUCUUGGGCACGUAGAGGUCGCAGUGCAACCCCAACCGCAACCUCAAACAGCAUGAUUGAAUCACUGACAUCAUAUAUUGAUGAUUUCAGUGACACUGGGUUAGAUAUGGAUGUUUCCUCUAACUUUAAGGUGGCAGCCCAAAGGAGGGACAAGAUGUACAAAACCACUUGCUGCAGCAUUUUGCCUUUUUCCUUCAAUAACACUAAUCGAUUUCCAUCUGGGAAUUCUGCAGCUGAGAAAGACUACUACUCAUCAACACUGAAUGACUCCGUGCACACCCAGGAAAAUCCAACAUUUGCCCUCUCGGAUGUUUUCCACUCUCCAGGUCUGGCUGUAGUAAUGCUCUGUUGGUGGCUGGAGAAUGUUUGGCACACUCUGAAUGAGAAUAUCUCAAGAAUCUCACACUCUGAUGUUUUUCAGCUCAGCAGGAAAAUAUGCAAUUUAGAUGCAAGGAAAGUUAUCAUGUUCCUAUUCGCCCUCUGCUUGAUUUUUGGUAUUUGGUAUUGCCUUCCAUUUGCUUUUCCGUCUCACUGGCAUCAGACUGAAAUGCAACCUCCAACGGAAAAAUACACGACCAUACCUGCAAGACCCAGCAGCCGUUUAACCCUCGGCAGCCUGGCAAAAAUUAAGAACGAGAUUGGCGACGUGCGCAAAAGAGAGGCCAACGUGAUGAGAGAGAUCACAUGGCUUAAACUGCAGAAUGAAAAGCAGAAACUGGUGUUGCAAAAAGAUGUCACUGUGCAAGAGAUGAAGUGA